UCAGAAGGGAUGAUCUCGGAGAGUCAGCCUACAGGCUCAUCACUGGGUGCAGUUUGUGAAAUCUACACGUUCGUGCAAACAAUUGCACGGUAUCUGUGGGGUAGGGUUCAGUGGCUGCAGCAUUGGAGCCUACAGCAGCUAACAGCAUGUCUGGCUUUGUUCUGUCAAUUGAAGGAGAUUUGAACUUCAUCGUGAAAGAGUACCUCGACUAUCUGGGGCUCGACAGUGUGUCAAAAGCCUUCGAAGAGGAAUGCCUGGCACACAGCAAGCCGAUCCAGGAAAGCUUUGCUUCGUACAGGAAUGAGCGGACUCAGAAAGUUCAGAAAGAACUGCUGAGCUACUUCGACGAGGGCAAACAGGCUCAGUUUUUCGCAGUUUGGGACUCCGUUGUUUCUAGAAGUACCAUGAUCGAUGAGGCCGUGUGCCGUGACCUCGAGUUUCACCUGUGGUUGCACUUUGCCAUAUACCCGCAGCGCUACCCAGAGAAAGCUAACGUGCAGGGCAGCAUGACUGCUGAGGCUGCAAUGACCAACUUCCGUCAAUAUAUAGAGUCCAUCAAAGCCCGCACUGAGGAUCCCCUGGUGUACUUUGCCUUGCCCUAUGUUCAAAAACCAAGACAGUUUCCUGUGUUCAAGCCGAUUUUCGAGGAGAGCUGGGUGGACGAGCUCAAGAGCCGGCUGGAGAAGUUUGUGCAAGAGUCUCUGUCGACGCAUUACCAGCAACGAGCAAAGCCGCGCCUUAUGGACCUCUACUAUUGCAGUGAUGUGGAACUGAAUGACAUGCGUGAAGACUUUAGACGGUGUGAGCAGAGAUUAAAACAAUGUGAGGAGCAGCGGGAAGUUCUGGACAAACAAAUGUGCAAACUACAAGAGGACUACAAAACAGUUGUAUCUGUGACAACGGAAUUGAUCACUGCCCUAGAAGCAACUGUCAGGGGAGAUCUGGUUAACUUGGAGAACGUACUGCUCUCGUGCGGGCAGCGAUUUCCUGAGCUAGUGAAGCUGCAGACGCCUCUUACAUCACGUGGGUCGACUUGUGACGGCACCCAGGUGUUUGUCCUCAGAAGUGGACUUCACACUAGACGCACCAGGCUAGACUUCACCAAGAUCAAGCAAGACCUGUCAGAAGCGAGUGCCAGCACGCGGGCUCUUCUAUUGCAGGCACUUCGAUGGAAAUUGACCAAGGCCUCUUCAGUUGAGGAGAGAGACUGCGUCCUGCUCGCAUAUAUUGACAAUGACCUGUUGGGCUUCAUCGAAAGGUCACCCGACUACUGCAACCGUAUCUUGCACAUAACCAAAUCACCAAAUUCGGGGUUGCAGCAGAGCUUUGUGAGGUUCUUGAAUACAUUGGCUGCCUUUCGAUUAGGACGUAGUUACUUGGCCAAGAAUCUCCAGCUUGUUGCGGUGCUUACAGACACGCUUGUGUUCGACCGAGUGACGGACCCCAGAACUCUGGACAUGAUACUGGGAGUACUGCAGAAACUGAGUCUGAGACGGCAGCAGAAGGACAUCAUGAUCAGCCACGGCAUUUUGGAGUGGGUGGUGCGCACCUUGCAAGAAAGCCAGGAGGUCGGAAUGUCGGAAUAUGGCCUCGAGUAUAUCACCGCACUGUUUAUGAACUUGUGCCUGCAGAAAUCAGCGAAGCAACACUGCAGGAAAAUGAGCACCUCUGUGAUAGACGUUGUAAAGAAGCUUCUUGAACGCAGAAAUGCAGAGAUCGUGCCUUACUUGAAUGGCGCACUGUACAGUCUGUUGUAUGAUCCAGAAUUUCGAAGCAUCGCCGUUGAAAUGGGGCUGGAAGGAAGCCUGCAGAAGGCAAAGGCCCACUCAUCUGCCGAUGUUCAGCAUCAGCUGGAUCAAGUUUGCAGCAGGCUCCUUUCCUCAGAUGCAAACAUUGAUGAAGGGAUUGUCGAUUCUCUGAAUGAGGAUGAUGAAGAUGAUGAGGAUUUACAGGAGGAAUCAGAGCCGGAGCCAGAACUUGACAUGGACGACAUUGUGCAAGCAUUGCCGCACCAGAUGUACGGCGACCAGCUCUUGAAAGUGUUCUACGAAGAAGAGAACCAAGACACCAUUUCUCAACGGGCAUUGACAGUAUCAAGUAGGCUCGAAGAGUCUUCACCAUACCAGUCCUUAGAAGAGACAACAGUGAAUGCACCCGAGACAUCCCAGUCUGACGAAAUAGACUGCUCCCAGGCAACUCAGCCUGAAGUUGCCAAGUUCACCGCUCCUCCGGUUGAUGAACAAGCCUCUGAGCUGGUGAAGCAGCUGACGGGCGAAGAAAAGACGCUCGUGGCCCCAGCUGGACCAACUGCCCCACCUAGUGACAAAGUGAACGGACUCAAUCUUCAGGAGUACAGCAUAGCAUUCAGCUCAAGACCCAAGAUACCACGCACGCCGGAGCCCAGUGGCGGUGGCACCUCCAGCAGAAUGGACUCCACACCGACUAGCUCGCAGUCACUGCGGAGGAGUCCUACCAGCACCGCAUCUAAGGGCAAGGCUUCUUCGGUCCAUCUGGCUCACAGCACUACACAAGAAUGAGCAGUGUUCUUUGAAGAAAAGCUCGCCGGUGGCUCCUCAAUUCACUCGUUUGAGGAGAGAAAGAAAAGUAGAAACCCUAUUUUGAUCUUUACGUAGAACUGCAUUACUCAUGCUCAAUAAAGGUCCUAUACACGGUCUAUUCAUUGUA